CCACAGUCGAAGAGUCUCUCGGAACCGAGAAGAGGACCGCAUGAGGUAUAAAGCCGAAGCAGCUCAAAGCCUCGAUCUCAGAAACCAGAACCUCAAAAAUCUCAGUCUCAGAAACCACAGACUCUAGGAAAACGGCCUGGACUUUUUGACCUCUUAGUACCGUUAAAGGGGCCAAAAGCCAAAUCAAGCCCUUCUCAGCGAAAUCCUGCCAUGGGUUCUACAAUCACUCUUCCGCCACCAGGACCUGUACGCCGAACUAAACCAGCUACGGGUUCUACAAUCCCUCUUCAGCGAUCAGAAUCUCUACGGCUUCCUGAACCAGCCACCGGUUCUACAACCCCUCUUCAGCGAUCAAAACCUUUACGCCGAUCUGAACCAGCCACAGGUUCAACAGCCCGUUUUCAGCUCUCAGAAACCAUACGAGCCGCAGGUUCUACAACUCUUCUUCCACGAGAAUUAGAGUCGGGUCAUGCUCAAGACCAGCUCCUAAUGACGGAGGAGGAAGCAAUUCGUAAGGCUAGAAGAGAACAACGUCGCGUUGCACGAGAAAGGGAAGAGGCUCGCCGCCGAGUUGAUGAAGAAGAGGCUCGCCGCCGAGGUGAAGAGGAAGAAGCUCGCCGCCGAGUUGAGGAGGAAGAGGAGUCGACUCGCCGAGCUGAAGCGGAAGCAGCCGGACAAGCUAGGACAGGAAAAGGCCAUGACAAAUGUGUGAAGCGGGAUGGCCUUGAUGACGCCAAUCAACGCAAUGCUCGCAACAGCGCGUCUUCAAAUAAAACUAUCCCAGGAUAUCUGGAAAGAGGUCCGGAGAACCCUCCGGGGCGCAUGAAUCUAACCGAUGCGGUCGGGGGCGCGACCAGUGGUGCAGAUAGCUGGAAACGCGCGGAGGAGGUGACGCAGCGGCUCAAAGCGCGGAUCGAGCUGAUGAAGGCGAAACAGGGCCUAUGCUAAGUCUAGCUGCGAUUCUAGUAUAAAGGUUGUGCAUUGCGUGCUUGUGCACGCUCAUGAAGCUCUGCUUCUACCAGCGCACUGGACUUGCGUGGGGACAUCGUUAAGUUCGGCAUUGUGGCCCACGUCGGCCAAGAACAUCGGCCCAAAGAUGUCAGACCGUCUCUUUCAGCUUGUUCGCUACAAAACGGGAUCUUUCUAUAGCCAUUUUUACUACUUUUUAUGUGAUUAUUCAGAUUAUUGAAUGUAACUUCUUGGUCAUUCGCCUCCUAUACAUGCCUCCAUGCGUGUGGAGGAAUAGUAAAACUCGGAAUGUUAUUGCCUAUGAAGCUAGUAAGGCUAAGGCUGCUGAUAGUGUAGGAACUAAGAAGCCGCAUAUUAAGU